AUGGCAGCCACAAAAAAAUGUUUGUAUAAAGCUAAGAAUCGUGACGAUGAUUCAGAUACACUUCUGUCUCCAUGCCUUCAAAUAAGUCCCGAUGUGGAAUUAAAAGAAGUCCCAACCACAGGUGAAGAAUUUCUUUUAAAAGUGAUGAAAGAAAGGGAAAAUUAUGCUGCUGUAACAAAAUGUAAUGAAGAUUUAUCAAAGUUUGCUCGAAAUCAAUCUUGUUUUAUUAAAGAGCUUCCUCAUGCUAAAGCACCAGAUAAUUUGAAACCAACAAUAGAGUGGCAAAAUAUUCAAGUUGCUGACUUCUCUGAAGUUCGGAUGUAUGUAUCCAGGUUAUUAACUAAGAAAUCCAUAUGGCCUACUAAAAUAGAUAAAAUAGAUAUAGAUCCUAAUAAUGUUGCUGCUUGGAAAACAUUGUUUGCAGAAACAGAUCCAAAAUUAUCUUGCGUACUAGGUCUACAUAAUGCUAUGUUAGAUCAUGGCUUAGAAGUAUUAAUUGAAUUAUUAGAUGAUGUAAAGCCUGGAAGCACUAUAGACCGGAAAACAGGUCAAUGGAUUUAUGCCUUCCUAGCUUGUACAAGACAACCACUUGUUUCUGACACAGUUAGCAUUUUAAGAAAUUUAGCAAGAAAAUGUGCUGAAAUAAGAUCACAUUUAAACCCAGAAGAUGACACUUCAAAAAUAUCUGCAGCACCAUUAAACAUAUUUAUAUGUUUAGUGUCUCGAUACUUCAGGCAAUAUGACCUAGCCGAU